UCAAAUUUCAAUUAGAUUGCGAUAAGAACCGAACAAUUAUGGAACACGAAUUCGUGCCCAAAAGUCCGACGUCCACGCUCUGUGAAGACGAGAGUGACGAUGGUAACAACGCAAAGUUCUUGGGUCCAAUCCAUCUGCCAACACCUUUCACUGGUGGUCAUCCAUUUAAUGGGAACGCCAAUGUAAGCACAUCGCCGUUACUUCUGGCAACGCCGCCACUCUCCCCACUGGACAUGAGUGUCCAGAACCCGAAUAUGCCAAUGGCCUCGGCGAUGCUGCCCUCGAAUUAUUCGUCGCUAUAUCCACCAACUGGCUAUAUACGGAUCAUACCUUGCUUUGUGUGCAGUCAGCUCUUCACUGACAUUGUGCCACUGAGCAAGCACUUACAAAUGCAUGCCACGCAAAUAAUGCACAUGAAUUCUACGAAUGCAGUAUGCAGACACGAUGACCAUAGAGAUAGUAAAGUUAAUACUUUCCUUACCAUGAUACAAGCUCUGGGUGCUGGAUCUCUCCGAUCCCAGAUUAUCUUUGAGUCGGCUGUAAACAGGCCUUUAAUGCCAUUGUUCACCCACGGCGCCUGCACCAGGGCCAGCCUAAGGUGUUUGUUGGUAAACAUCCUUGCUAAGACCGCCGAGGCUACCUGAGCUAGCCCUGUGUU